GUUCCCUUCCCUUUGCAGAGGAGAGCCAGGCUCUGCCCCUGCCUCGCAGCCUGCGGAGGGGCAUGCAGGAUCAGCCUAGCACAGCACUUCAGCCUCUGUCUGAUUGCUGAAUGCUCUGGACAUGUAUGGUGGAGGCCGGUUUCCCUCCUAAAGAAAGCCAUGGAGUCCCACUCCAGAGCUGAGCCCCUGUUUCUCUCGUGCUGUCAGGUGGUUGCCUCGGCCCUGGGUGACAGCAGCCGCGCACAUUCUGCCCUGCGGGCACUGUGGGCUCUGCACCGCAUGAUCCACCCUGCUGUUGGAGAGCAGUGGAGGGUCAAGAUUCCCAUCCUGCUCUCGACUAUUGAAGCUUCAGGAAAUCCUGAGACCUCCCAGGACAAUGUGUGGUGGGAGCACCUGCUGCUGAAGUUCCUGAACAUGACACUGAAGAGCAUUGCUGACGAUGCCUGGAGCAGUCAGCUGAGCCUGGAGCUGCAGCACCAGACAGCCAGUUAUGCCUGCUCCUCCCCGGAGAAGCACGUUGUGACCAUCCUGGCAUUCUCAGCCGAGGGCCACGUGGACCUCACCCUGGGCACACUGGAGGACUUUGGUGCGGCUCUGAGUAAAGUGCAGGUGUCUGGGAUAGUCGGCCGCCUGCAGGACUAUCACCAAGGGAAAAGAGCCAGGACCCACAGGGCCUUGAUACUGGCCUACGGCCGAAUUGCUGUCCAUGCCCCCCGAACACAGCUGCUCCCCCGCGUGGAGCAUGAUCUCACCAGGAAGGUCCUGCAGUAUUACAUGACCAGCUGCCAGGUAAGAGCCUGGGACUGCACCAUGUCGGGAAGAGGCCUGCCAUGGGACUGAUGUUUCCUUUGCACUUGGGUGCCUAGAGAGGCUCUGACUGUCUGAUCCUCCCCCUGAACUCACGCCUGUGAUGAGCAUCCAUGUUAAUCCUUCUGGGAUGAUGUGCAGUGGGAGGGACCCACGCAUGGAGAGUGCUGGGAUAGACGCUCCUGACAUCCUGUCCUGCGCUGGAGCGGGGCACGCAUUCAUGCCCUUGCACUGCUCAACACUCCCCAGCCCAGCCCUUUUUUGGACCUGGCAGGGAGCUGUAGUCUGGAGCCAUCCAGGCAUUGACAGUUGUUUUGCAUUUCA